UGAUUGGUGUCGAGUUUCUCAAUUUCCAAGUAAUGUUUCAGUAACUCCUUUUUCAUUUGAUUUGAUUUGAGUAAUUAAAUAAAUGAAUGUACAAACUACAAAGCAAAAAGGCAAGUUUCGGACAGAAAACCUAAAAACAAUGGGGAGCAAUCACAAGAUAACUGCAGAAGAAGUCAUAUCCAAGCUCAAAGAUGAUGGCGAUUUCGACCGUCUUCGUCUCAAAAUCGUCCGUCAACUCAAACAAAACGAAGACUUGCGUAACAACAUUAUUUCAGUGGUUAAGCAGUCCACUGCACUUAAUCAGCCUGGUGCAGAAAAUAUGCAAACCAGAAAACUUUGUGAUGCAAUUCACGAUGAGAUUCAUGAAAAAGCGAUGAAUCAAAUUUCAGAAGGUUUAUGGGAGAUUAUCCGAUCAGAAGAUGGCAUGAAAACUGAAAUAAAAGAAACAGUGCAUUCAGUCUAUGAUAAACUACUGAAACCUGAGCAGAAAGCAACAGAGGGUGAAUCAAUGUUUUCGUCAGCUCAAGUGCCAGUAACGGGAGGAACUGAUGAGUUUAAUGGUGAUGUCAUGAUAUCCGGAGAAAGCAAUGGUACAAUGUCUAAUGGAGAGCAUAAUAAUGAAGCCUCAGAUUUCUGUUUGCCUAAUCAUUCUGCCACUAAUAAUCAUGAUUCAAAAUCUGAGACGCAGCAACCUCACCAGCAUAAUGGUUCAUUGCUGACAAAAGGUGGUGAUUCCAGUCCACCUCCUUCAACAGGGAAGCACAAGCAAACUUGUAAUGCCAAUGACGAGGAUCCUGAUAUUCCACCAGGUUUCGGCUAACCAGCUUCAAUUGUUUUAGACCUGCCAGUGUCAGUAUUAUGACUAAUUUAUAGAAUAGAAAUAGAAACAUAAUUACUAAUUAGCCUUUUUUAUACAUAUGCUUCUGUUUUUGGCCCUCUCUUCUACCCUUGUAGUGUUCUUAGUAUUGUUUUGUAGUCACUAAUCUUGUGCCAUGUAUGGUUAUGUGCUACGGGUAUAAUUAUACAGACAUUGUAAUAUUUCUAGAGUACACAUCAGUGCUGUAAGCCUGCAACAGUUUUUCUGCUUUUUUUUUUUUUUUUUUUUUUUUUGUGGGAGGGAAAACAGUUGGUUAAUUAAUCGUUAUGAAAAUUUUGUGUUUUUCUACAA